UUGAAGCAUUUUAAAGCUUAGCUAAGUUAAAAGCACAUGUUACAAUUUGCAAACAUAUGAAUCACUGGAAUUCUCCAUUAGAAACUUGUUAAAUAGACUUUUUUUAUACAUUGUUGAACUAGGGUGGUGCCUAAAAAAUGUCAACAAAUGAAAACAUUGUCCAAUACAGAAAGGUCGACUUCGGCACUGUCAUACCGGGCUGUAUAUACACGAGGAAAGUGAAAGUCAAAUCACGUUUCAAACUUCCGUUUGUUGGAAACCUCAUUGUUCACCCGCUGAAUGAUGUCUACAUAACGAUUAAAUCGACCAAGCCUGAGGAUGAAAGUGAAAACACGUACAUUAUCACUUUUGCUCCAAUACUGCCGCAUCACAUUUAUACCGCAUAUCAGUAUUUGUUCGGUGUCGAAGAAAAUGCACAAGAAGCAUUAUGCCUACAAGGAGCAACAACAGGUCCUACAGUUGAAUUAAAGCCGAAAAAGCUCACCUUCUUCACAUACGACAGCUUCCCUGUACGGAGUUAUUUAAUAGAAAUGAAAAAUACAUCAAAAUGUUUAGAAACUUUCAUGUGGGAUUACGAUGGCAACCAAAGUGAAAUAGUAUUUCAGCCAUCAAGGGGUGUUAUUCGUGGCGGCGAAGUUUUAAAAUUUGUAGUCACUUUCACGCCAAGGAGAUAUGGCCUGUACUUUCGAUGGAUGUUCUGUCUGCUUUCAAUGCAUGAGCCGUUGAUGAUUGAAAUUUCAUGCUUGCACGUAAAAAAACAAAUCAAAACGAACUUAAAAAAUUUCAUAACUUACGCACAGCCAUUUCCAGCAUUUCCAACUAUGUACUGCAGAUAUGUGAAUGAUAUAGCGAAGAAAACAGCACCAGAGAGUAAACCUUUGAUAACUUUAAGUCAUAGAUAUCUUGAUCUUGGAUGCGUAUGGCUUGAUGGAAAUGAAACCAACAAAUUACAAGAUCUUCAAAUAACAAGUUAUCUAUAUACUGAAGUGCAAAUAGUCUGGGACACUGAUCAAGCAGGUAUAUUUUCAAUAAAGCCAAAACAUGCUUUACUGCAAAGGACAGGGAAAUUCACCUUUAGUGUUGAAUUUAAGCCCAAACAUCCAGAAAUGCUUUAUUCGGCUGAACUACACGGAUCGAUUUUGUGGGGAAGCGGGUUUGAAUUUAUAGUCCCUCUUCCAUUAACAGUCAAUCUUAUAGGUAACUCUUUUCCUCCAAAUAGCUGCAGCUGGGAGCCUUUUAUUAAUAUUAACAAACGUAAAGUUGUCGUACCGACGACAAUCCCUGGGGUACCGACUUACACAUCUUUUAUGAUCCAGAAGACAAACGAUCUACCUAUUCAGUUCAAAGUGUAUCCCACGGACAAGAAAAUCAUUUCUCAAUUUGUCGUGAAGCCCAGGAAAGGGAUAAUGUUGGAAGAGACGCAAAUUUUUAUAGUGCAAAUGUUUCCCGGAGAUAAAACGGAUGAGCCAUGUCUUGAAAAUUGGACAUUAUUAUUAAAUCUUGUACAUACGAUCCCUCUUCAGUUUUGUGGAACUGUUGAAAAGCCAUUCUUAAAGGUUGGAAAAGAUAAAGAUAUUGUUUUCCCAAUCACUCAGUUAAAAGUGGAAAACACACGCUGUAUACCCAUAAAAAAUCCAACUUGCUUACACCUCAAGUACAGAUGUAAAGAAAAUAAACUUCCGAACACAUUCUUAUACAACAAAGAUAUUCAUACAAUUGGACCGGGGGAAGAACAAUUGAUGGAUUUCACAUUUCGUCCGACGGAACUUGGCCAAUUUCAAUGCACUGUCUCUGUAGAGAUUGAACUGUGGAACAGAGACUAUCCAGACCCGAGAAAAGAAGCAAGGACUGAAACAAUCUUGUAUUUAAUCGGUUUGAGCGAAAAAGCAGACAUAACUUGUCUACCGGAUUAUUUGCUUAUCGAUGAUGUAUUGAAGACGAUGUACGGAGAGGAAAGAUUCAAACUUAUUAACAAUAGCAGAAGCACAAGUUGCGUAUUACUGGAAUGCCUUCCAAGAGCCAUUGGAUCCCAUGCAGGACUUACAGAAUUCAUUCCCAACAACAUCGUACUGGCUCCUCAUGACUCAAUAAUGGUAACUGUGCGCUGCAGAGGUGACUACGUUGGCUUGCAGACGCUCAAGAUAGUGUACACGAUAUACACUUCACAAGAAUUCAACGUCAAAAGCACUGGGGAGCAGAUAUUCCUUUUGGCCCUGGACUUCUGCUGUACAUUCCCAAUGCUGAGGAUCAUGGAUAUUCGGUACAAGACGAUGUGUAAAUGCUUGCCAAAAAUCGAAGUGUGGUCUAUGCUGAUGAUAAACAAGCUGAACGAGCAAUUGUCAAAGGCUUAUCUACAUCGAGACCAAAAGGCGUACAUGAAGUUUCCUGAAGACUCGAACGAAACGCCAUUCUUUGUAGUGCAGAUGCUUAUCAAAAAUAUCAGCCCUGUUCCAACUCACUUAGAGGUCGGCUAUAUCAAAUCUUGUGAGUGCAACGAUGACCGGGUGGCGCAAAGAAAGGGGUCUAAAUUCUCUUACAAGACGUGCAACCAUCCUCAAGAAUUUUCUUCAAUAACUUUCAGCAAAUUGAUCAAUCCUUGCAGCGAAACGAUAGUCGAGUUAAAGGCAAAGUAUAACUACAACGUUCAAAACUACUUUAGGGUAAUGUGGAACAUCAAACCUGCCAAAGUGAACUGUCCAGAACUAACAAGUACUUUCACUUUUUUCAUUCAAAGACGGAUUUUGAUGAAACCGGACAAAGCUAGUCUUGAUUUGUUUUCUCCUGGACCGCAAAGAGAUUUUCACAUAACUCUGGAUCCGGUGUACAUUGGAGAUUCAAAUCUUUACGCCCAGAUUAUUUGGUUAUACAACAACUCUCAAAAAGACAUAGCUUACAACUGUGAAUGGGCAGAGGGUGAAAAUGUAAUUUUUAAAGUUUUCAACCCAGAUGCAAAGGUUUUGGCUGUUAGCCGACAUCCGCUCCUUAUUAUGUUCCGCCCUUAUGAGUUAAUAUUAUAUAAAGCUACGCUGUUAAUUCACACAUCUGAACGUGACGUAUCACUUUCAGUUACAUUAAAAGGAAAAGGCCGUAUCGAAAGUGAGACUGGACAGUCUAUAACACUGAGCAAGCAGAUGCCAGUAACAAACUUAUUCCCAGAUGAGAAUUUCCUCCAAGCUGAACUUUCAGUCAGCCAUAUCAAUUUGGAUCCGAUGCCGACGCAUUCUUUUACCAAGACGGUUUUCUUCUUGAAGAACAACACAUCAGAUCAUUUGGAAUACGAUUGGCGCAGGACAUUGGUAUGGGGAAUCGUUCAUCUUUCCGUUCACCCAAACCACGGGACGUUAGCUCCAGGGCAAUUGAUCGCAUGCCAUCUUCUAGUGAGAAGUUUAAGAUUUCCUUGCAGGUCAAACAUAGCGAUCGAGUGUAUCCUUAGAAAUCUUAAGGACACUAAAAGGUACUACGACAAGAAAAAGUAUUUGGGUAAAUUAUCUCGUACAUUCGAUGCUUGUUUUACAAUCUGCAAUGAAGGGGAGAUCAACAAUGUCACACACUACCAUAACCCGCGUAUUGGCCUGAAAACCGGAGCUGCUCCUUUGAACACUUACCUUUGUAUCGGUAUCAGCAUUUUCAUAUACAGCGGAGAACUGCAGGAUUUGAUGUUUCCAUCGCUUGAUGUGCAACAUAAGCUGUUUCCCAGCCGGCGGCUAGACACAUUUGAUUCAUUGGAAGAACUGCAAAUAGAAGAAGACGAAAGUAAAAUUCUGAUGCAGAUUCUCAUUAGAGCACUCAGUGAUGUUUUCAAGCAAGGUAAUUUCUUGGCUGCUGUUCAGAAAAAUCCAAGAGUUUUAAAAUACUACGAAAUAGACAAAUAUUCAGAAGAGUUAUUAGAACCGGUGCUUCAGAGUACCAACAUGGCGUCAGUCAUAUGCAACAUCCUUUACAAAAACUUUUUAAGUUUAUUUUCAUUGGAGGGCAUUCCGGCUCAUGAUGAGGUGACAACAAAGCAAAUGAAAAGAGCAAAGAAAUUACCUUUAAAUAAUACUUACUACAAAGACCUCAUUUUCCAUGAUGUAAACCCAGCGAUGUCUGGACCAACUGCAGAUCUUACCAAAAGCCCUUCUAUGUCAGUUUCGAUGGCUGCUAUUAGAGAAUAUUCUGGUUUCCUUAAUGCAAAAGACAUGCAACAUGGCGAUUAUUAUGGCCCUUUCUAGAUGUUUAAUAAAUAAUUUUUAAUUUGAAUACAA